ACUCGGUAUGUCAGGGUAGGUGUAGGUACCUUAGCUCACGCAUUGGGAGCCGCCACGUCCGGCUUCAGAAACAACCUUGGAACCUUGAACCUCCACCCACUCCCUCCCGCUGCUGUGCUGAGGCGUGUCCUGUACCGACCGACCGACCGACCAACCCUGGUCAACCCAAACCUCCACUUGCUGCCGGCGUCACCACAGUGGACGACGUCGGAAAAUUCGUCCAAACCUCUCCUUGCUUUUUCGCAAUCCCCAACCGUCAAAGCAACCAGCCCAGCCCAGCCCAGCGCCGACCGACCUGCCUCGACCUCCAAUCGCCUCCGGCUUCAGCGAACUCUUGGUCCCGUCCCGCACCGCUGCCGCCUCGCAAAAACGCUCGCUCAUCGCAGCACCGCCUCCCCCUCCGUCCCGCCCGGUAGCUCGCGAUCGAUUCGGCACACAACCCCACCCCCCGUCCGCUGUGGCGACGACGUCCAAGAUCGACUUGGCCGAAUCUGUGUGCAACGAGACUUUUUUCGCCAUUUUGUCCCGACUUGAGAACUCGCCGCCGGCUCGACCUCCCCUCCUCCGCCCCCGCCACUCUCGAGCCGACGCGACCUUCCCUACCCUUAAGGAUGCUCCAGAUGCAUGGCGGGCAACAAGACCAACGUCGGUCCCCGAUCCCGCUCUUGAAUCCGCGCCAGCCCCCCCCCCAGCUGACCGACAUGUCUCCAGGUUCCGACAACAACAAAGGCGAAGAUGAGAGGGGACGCGGAAAGCUCGUGGCGCCAUUGGCGCUGCCUAAGAAUCGCAGCACCGGUAACCUAGCUCUCUCCGCCGAUGCCGCCGUCGACCGAAGCCGGUACCGCAUGUCUUUCGAAGGCUCCGCUGCCGCCGCCCUAGACUUUGACGUUAUGACAAGGUCUCCUCAAAUGCCCGAUCAUGAACACGGACAGGGACUCUCGGGCCUUCGCCGCAUCCGCCAGCAGCACCCCCCGUCGCGCAAUCCCACGGUCCCAAACUCCAACGCCUCCUCGCGGAGCCCUUCAGUCGCAGCACUCUCUCGGUCGACCUCCAUGACAGGCAUGCUCGCCAAUCUAACGGGAACAGUGUCCCUCCCGGGGGGGCCUACCUCGCCCAAAUUCUCGGAAGACUUGUCACGAUUCCCGUCAGAGUCUCUCCACUCCUUCUCGUUCGCACACCAAUCAGAGGAUUUCAUACACAACCGCCAGACCGUGUUGAAGCGGUCAAUGGAGUUCAUUAAGGAUCGCAUGGGCCGCGCCGUCUCGCUUAACUCGACACAGGCAGGGCUCGCGAGCGCGCAGGCAAGAGUUACGGGCGAUGUUGAGACCCAAAACAUGCUCGAGCUCCUGGCUCGGGCUCAGCUGAUUGGGGCUGGAAACCUUCCCAAUGCCGACUCAUCCUUGGUCGCGGGCCCUUUGACCGGGCCACCCGAUAUGACGGGCGAGAAUGUCUUUGAUAAACAGUUCACCUCUACGUCCACAACCGCGGCCGACUUUCCAUCAGAUCUUAUCUCUCCUACUACGACAACUGCCCCAAAGUCUCCUCAAGUCCAGUUUGCAGAGUCCAAGACAACCGUACCUGACCGGCCCUCCGCGGCGGCUGGUGCGGCCGAUCGUUCUUCAGAGGAAUCCAGCAGAACCCCUACCAAUGAGAGUGGGACAACCACCAAGACUUCGCCGCCCGCGUCUCGGCCAACAAGCCUGAAGCGUACCAUGACUGACACGCUCGGAAUUACAAUGCAGGACAAGCUCAUUGAUACCAUGACACAGCCAUUCAUAGCUGGUGGGCCAAUCUACGAGGAGCCAGCUACCUCCCCGGUACUGACACAUGCCAUCCCGCCGUCUAAAAACUUUCCUGGUGCACUGAGUCCAGCCGUCCACGGCCACACCAACCGGUGGGUGCCUGCCGCCCAGGCCAUCUUCACGACAGAAGCGAAGCCGCCGUGGACCAUAAUUGCAGCCAACGACCUUGCGUGUCUUGUUUUUGGCGUUACCAAGGCUGAGGUGCGCCGGAUGGGGAUACUCGAGGUCGUUCAAGAGGAGAGGCGCGCCUGGUUGGAACGAAAGCUGUUGCGGGUAGACGACGCUGAUGAUGCUGCGGACGAGACAACCAAGGGCUCCAAGCCAAGGAACCCAGCUGCUUCAGCCGCCUCGACUCUCCUUGGCAGCAGAUCAGGCAUCACGGCUCAGUUGUUGAGUAAGCCGAACUCACGGGCACAACCGCCCAGAUAUCCUCAAAGGCGAGCGCAAACAGUCCACAGCGGGGACCCCAACCCACCCAAAGCGCGUGGCAGCGGCCAGCACCGCAGCAAUCUUUCACGUGGUGUAUUGCUAUGCGGCGAUGUCGUCCCCAUCCAGAAGCGAAAUGGUGCCACCGGCUCCGCCAGCCUGUGGGUGAAGGAGAAGCGCAUCGGGCUGAUCUGGGUCCUGGAGGAAAUCCACGAAGAUGUGGCGAACAUCGAGCUGGACGAAGAAGGCGCCGUCAAGGCAGUCACAGGCGCAGUCGAGCCGAUUUGGGGUCCCAAACUGGCUCGCCCUGGCGUCGACGUUGCCUCGUUGAUACCCCGAAUACCGCGGCAGGGCAUCGACCCCACGAUCGGCGAGAUCGACUUCGCCCAAGUCAAUAAGCGCAGGUACUUUACCUGCCCAGGGCCCCAUCGUGUGAAUGUUCCUUGCACUGUGGAACAAGUCCGCGGUAAGCUCGAGCUCCGGGUAUCGACCUUUCCGCACAUGGCGGGCAUCGUGGUGGUGGACCCAGUGAGCCUCAAGAUUCGGAGUUCAAACUCGGUCUUUUCCGGUGCCCUCUUCGGCUACGAGAAGCCUGACGGCAUGCCAAUAAAUGCCCUCGUCCCGGGGUUUGAUAGGAUCCUGGAGAUCCUGACCGAGGAGGAUGGUCUGCAGAUGCUGGAUGGCAUGGUUGUCCCAGAACACCGCUUCCGGCGGGCUUCUGCAUUCCUGGCCCUGAGGGAACAGCGGCCAGAUGCUGGCGCCUUCUUUCUUCAGCCAGAUGGUUUGCCCGCGAGACAUCGUGAUGGAUCAGACCUCAAAGUCGACGUACAGAUGCGAGUCGUCGAGAGUGAAAAACAGCCUAACCUUGCCGACGAGACAGUCUUUGAGGGCAGUGAUGAAGAUGAGGCCACUGAAACCAACGACAGGUUCUCAAUCCCACGGAAGGAGAUGGUGUUUGCUCUGUGGAUCACUUAUUCACGGCAUCUGCACGCCCACGCUCGUCUUGACGUCGACACUGCAGAGAAUUCGGGAACCGAGACCCCCCUGCACCAGCCAUCGCCUGGUCAGACUCCUCCGCUGCACACUCCUCAAGAACUUACGUCAGACGAGGAAUCGCCGAAGAAGGACAAGUCUUUAGUGCCGACCACGCUGUCGAAGCAGCUCAAGGACGCAGCGAUGAGUGCUGCCGCUAAGCUGACCAGGCACCCAAAGCCGGCACCAAAGUCCACCGAGAAGCCUCCCGUGACGAGGGCGGUCGAACCAGCUCGGAAGGCCACCAUCGAUGACUACGUUAUCCUCGAGGACAUGGGCCAGGGUGCUUACGGGCAGGUAAAGCUGGCCCGACAAAAGACCACGGGGAAGAAGGUGGUGCUGAAGUAUGUUACCAAGCGCCGCAUCUUGGUCGACACCUGGACUCGAGACAGGAAGCUGGGCACUGUUCCUUUGGAAAUUCAUGUUCUCGACUAUCUGAGGCGACCCGAGUUUCGGCACCCCAACAUUGUGGAGAUGGAGGGGUUCUUCGAAGACGACGUCAACUACUACAUCGAGAUGGCACCGCACGGGCUGCCUGGCAUGGACCUCUUUGAUUACAUUGAGCUACGAGCAAACAUGGACGAGGCGGAGUGCCGAAGCAUCUUUGUGCAGGUUGCACGGGCGAUCCACUUUUUGCACACGACGGCGCUUGUCGUUCAUCGGGACAUCAAGGACGAGAACGUCAUUCUCGACGGCGAGGGCAACAUCAAGCUCAUCGACUUUGGAAGUGCAGCGUACAUCAAAAGCGGCCCAUUUGAUGUCUUUGUGGGCACGAUUGACUAUGCUGCACCAGAGGUCCUUGCUGGCAAGCCUUACGGCGGCAAGGAGCAGGAUGUCUGGGCCUUGGGCAUUCUUCUCUACACGAUCAUAUAUAAGGAGAAUCCCUUUUACAGCAUCGACGAGAUCAUGGACCGCGACUUGCGCAUUCCCUUUACCAUAAGCGACGAGAGCAUCGACCUCAUCCGCUGCAUGCUCAACCGUGACGUCAAGGAGCGAUACGACAUCCAGCAGGUGCUGGAACACCCGUGGUGCAAGGCGAUGUCAUCAACAUAGCCGAUGCGGCGGCGGCUGGGUGGCCCGCGGGGCGGCUGUGUACAGAGCGGCGACGUUCAGCCCAGACAUGGUUUUACACUCUUUAGGUUGUGAGGUCUUUGGUUUCAGUUUCCCUUUUAUUUUUUGGCCGUGAUACCCGCAUUGAAACCGGCUUGAGGCUCGAGCAGAGUUUGGAGAAUAUGGCAGGAUAUAUGCGAGGAGGCACCUGGUUCCAAAGACAGGCAAAGAUGGACCGGGCGGGAUGACGACGACGAGCGCCGGAGGGAGAGCGCACCGCCGUCAGCCCGGUACAGUUGAUGACGGCAGCGCAAGCAGGCGUACCAUUUUGUUUUCUGGGGCCGAGCGAAUGGAAAGGGGGACAGCGGAAAGGGCUGCUACAGAACUCAGAGAAGCAUCAUAGCGUUGCAAGCAAUAUCGAACAGUUCAAAGUGCUGGAGGUUCGCCGCGGACACAAACACGCAGCCUGCAAGUACAUGAGCGCCUCGCCUUUGUUGCGGCGUACCGCAUCCCGCUGAAAGUGGCCCCUCUUGUUUGUUUUUCGAGCAGCAAACGAUCAAACAUGAC